AUGGACUCCGAUCCAGGCCAACCUCAGCGGCUCAACAGCAGCCAGCACGAACCGAACCAGCAGCAAAGACGUCACAACCACCUCGUCGAGCUUCCCACCACACACAACAGCAUCUCCGACUCGACGCUUUCCUCGCCGUUCACGAGGCGACGUCUUGAAGCAGUCACUCCGGGCAUUGACCUCUCCACCUACUUCCCCUCCACAAGCCCCAGCGAUCUUGCCCGACCCAGCUAUUUCUCCGCAGCCGAUCCCAUCAUCUCACCAGGUCCAGCCAAUUCCUCCAACCUGGGUGAGCGUCAAGUUCCCGCAAUGGCAGCAGCCUUGGCUCGCCGCGAGUCUCUCUCCGACAUUCGCGCCGCGAAUCCCGAUCUCUCUCUCAGCGGCAAUAUCAUUUCCGCAACAUUCACUACCCCCCAUGCUCUCAAUUACUGCAAAGGCGGCCACUGGGACCUGAAAGCCCGCCGUGGUCAAUCUGCUCUCUACGAUUCAUUCGCCCAUCUCUCCUCCGACGCUACUCCCUGGCACCAUACCGUCGUCGCAUGGACGGGCGAGAUCGAUUUUCCUCAAGACCUGCCGUCCUCACCCCCUGAAGCACCCACCUCCUCCACCACCGUUGGUGUCUCGUCGCUCAAUGCGCUCUCUGCGCCCGUCCCCGUCGAUGGUAACUCCCGCCUUCCUACCCCCCCUCCGAUCGACGGCCUCUGGGUGCCCCGCGAAGACCAACAGCGCCUCGAGUAUCAGCUCUCCCAUAGCAAGAGCAUCCGCACAGUCCCUGUCUGGUUGUCGGAUGAGAAUGAGGUCAACAACGAAGGCAUCACCCUGAAGGACCAGGCAAGAUGGAGGAGGUAUGCCGAGCACGAUCUCUACACACUCUUUCACUACAAACAGCACGAACCCUCAGACGGCCGCAAGGAACGUGUUCAAUGGGCCGACUAUUACCGCAUGAACCAAAAAUUCGCCAACAGAAUUAUUGAGAUUUACAAGCCAGGCGAUAUUGUCAUUGUUCACGACUACUACCUAAUGCUCCUCCCAAGCAUGCUACGCCAGCGGGUGCCCAACAUGUACAUUUCCUUCUAUCUGCAUUCGCCAUUCCCCAGCAGCGAGUUCCUGCGUUGUCUUCCGCGACGAAAGGAAGUUCUCGAGGGUGUGCUUGGAGCCAACCUCAUUGGCUUCCAGUCCUACAGCUACUCUCGCCAUUUCCUCAGUUGUUGCACACGAAUUCUCGGAUUCCCAUCGGACACCCUUGGUAUCGAUGCCUAUGGGACUAGAGUGCAAGUUGGUGUUUUCCCCAUCGGCGUUGAUGCCGCCAAGGUUGAGUCGUAUGCCUGGGUUGAUAGCGUCACUGAAAAGUAUAACACGCUGAAGAAGAUGUACGAGGGCAAGAAGAUUAUUGUCGGUCGGGAUCGGCUGGACAGUGUUCGGGGAGUCGCCCAGAAGCUCCAGGCUUUCGAGCGCUUUCUCGAGUUAUACCCAGAAUGGCGCGAGCAGGUAGUCCUUAUCCAGGUCACCACUCCUACCACUGUCGAGGCGGAAAAGGAGGAUGCCGAGAACAAGAUUGCAAGUCGAGUCAACGAAUUGGUCAUGAAGAUCAAUGGUCAGUAUGGCAGCCUGGGGUUCUCCCCAGUUCAGCAUUACCCACAAUACCUUGACCAGGACGAAUACUUCGCUUUGCUUCGUGCAGGUGACAUUGGGCUCAUCACGUCAGUUCGUGACGGCAUGAAUACCACUAGUCUUGAGUACAUCAUUUGCCAAAAAGAUCUUCAUGGCCCCUUGAUUCUGUCGGAAUUCAGUGGGACUGCUGGCAGCCUGGGUGAUGCCAUCCACAUCAACCCUUGGGAUCUUAGCGGUGUCGCUGAAAAGAUUCAUCUUGCACUGACCAUGUCAGAUGAAAAGAGGAUGGCUAUGCAGAACAGCCUGUACCGCCAUGUAACGAGUCACAAUGUGCAAUCUUGGAUCACGAAAUUCGUCCGCAAGGUUUACACAGUGCUCGGCGACUCUAACCUCGUCAACGCGACACCGUUGCUGGACCGUGCCCUUAUGCUCUCCCGAUACAGAUCGGCAGGCAAGCGCCUCUUUAUGUUUGACUACGAUGGUACACUGACCCCAAUUGUUAGCGAGCCAAGCGCCGCAGUACCCUCAGAGCGUAUCAUCAAUGCCCUAAGGGUCCUCGCCGAUGAUCCGAAGAAUGCCGUGUGGAUUAUCUCUGGCCGGGACCAAGAUUUCUUGAAGCACCACCUGGGACAUAUCCAGAAAAUGGGUUUCUCCGCUGAACAUGGAAGUUUCAUGAAGAGUCCUGGAUCAGACGAGUGGGAGAACUUGGCUGAGAAGUUUGACAUGGCAUGGCAAGAGGAAGUGUUGAAGGUGUUCCAGAAGUACACCGAUAUGGCUACUGGUUCCUUCAUCGAGCGUAAACGGUGCGCGCUCACUUGGCAUUAUCGCCUUGCUGAUCCAGAGCUAGGUCUUCAGCUGUCCAGGGAAUGCGAAAAGGAGCUCUCAGCGGGGGUGGCCCGUCAUUGGGACGUGGAGGUAAUGCCUGGAAAGGCAAAUGUCGAAGUCCGCCCAACCUUCAUCAAUAAGGGUGAGAUUAUCAAGCGGCUUGUGCAGACGUACCAUAGCCCAGGCACUUCUUCCGAAGACAAGGAGUCUGGAAAGGUAGAAUUUGCUCUCUGCAUGGGAGAUGACUUCACAGAUGAAGACAUGUUCCGGAGCCUCAACGGAUUUUCUGGGCCUGUUCUUGACCCAGAUCACGUUUUUACCGUCACUGUUGGGGCCAGCACCAAAGUCACACUAGCAAGAUGGCACUUGCUAGAGCCUGAAGAUGUGAUUGAAUGUGUGGCGCUUCUUGCUGGCUCCGAGGAGGGAAUGCAACUCGGGGAGGUCAACCUUGCGGCACUGAGCUCGGUGGAAGGGCACAUUCCUGAAAAGGCCGUGCUAUGA